AUGACUGCCGAAGUUGGUCAAGAAUUGGGACAUUCAGUGAGUAAUGACUCUCGUAUGUCUACUCCAUCAAACAAAGUAUCAGUCGAUGAAUUAAAGGACGGUCAAGUUCAAGAUCAAGUUGAACUUGCUGGCCUACCACAAAAGCCAAUGGGCGAUUACAUUGGUGUUUGUAUUUCCUGUUUAUGUGUUGCUUUUGGUGGUUUCAUUUUUGGUUGGGAUACUGGUACCAUUUCUGGUUUUGUCGCUCAAACAGAUUUCUUAGAAAGAUUCGGUCAAAAACACGCAAGUGGUUCAUACUAUUUGUCUAAUGUCAGAGAAGGUUUAAUUGUCGGUAUUUUCAACAUUGGUUGUGCUUUUGGUGGUAUUAUUUUAUCCAAACUUGGUGACAUGUAUGGUCGUAAGAUCGGUUUAACUUGUGUUACCAUCAUUUAUAUCGUUGGUCAAGUCAUCUGUAUCGCAUCUGUUGACAAGUGGUACCAAUAUUUCAUUGGUAGAAUCGUUGCUGGUCUAGGUGUUGGUGGUAUUGCUGUCUUAUCUCCAAUGUUAAUUUCUGAAACUUCUCCAAAACAUUUAAGAGGUACUUUAGUGUCAUGCUAUCAAUUAAUGUGUACCGCAGGUAUCUUCUUAGGUUACUGUACUAACUACGGUACCAGUAAAUACUCUAACUCCGUCCAAUGGAGAGUUGCUCUAGGUAUCAGUUUCGCCUGGGCCUUAUUUAUGAUCGGUGGUUUAACCUUCGUUCCAGAAUCCCCACGUUACUUAUGUGAAAAAGACAGAAUCGAAGAUGCUAAGAAAGCUAUUGCUAUGUCUAACAAAGUUUCCGUUGAUGAUCCAGCUGUUCAAGUUGAGAUUGAUUCCAUUAUGGCCGGUGUUAUUGCUGAAAGGGAAGCAGGUACUGCUUCUAUUGGUGAAUUAUUCUCUACCAAAACUAAGGUUUUCCAACGUUUAGUUAUGGGUAUUAUGAUUCAAUCUUUCCAACAAUUAACUGGUGAUAACUAUUUCUUCUACUAUGGUACUACUAUUUUCCAGGCCGUCGGUAUGACCAAUUCUUUUGAAACUGCCAUCGUCUUAGGUAUUGUUAACUUUGCUUCUACCUUCGUCAGUUUAGUAGUUGUCGAUCGUUACGGUCGUCGUGCUUGUCUUUUAUGGGGUGCAGCAUCUAUGGCUGUUUGUAUGGUUAUCUAUGCCUCUGUCGGUGUCAAGUCUCUAUACCCACACGGUAGAAGCAAUCCAUCUUCCAAGAGUGCUGGUGAUGUCAUGAUUGUCUUCACCUGUUUCUACAUUUUCUGUUUCGCCACUACCUGGGGUCCAAUUGCCUGGGUUGUUGUCUCUGAAUCUUUCCCAUUAAGAGUUAAGUCUCAAUGUAUGGCUUUAGCUACUGCUGCUAACUGGCUAUGGGGUUUCUUAAUCAGUUUCUUCACUCCAUUCAUUAAUUCUUCUAUUCACUUCGCUUACGGUUACGUUUUCUUAGGUUGUUUAGUCGCUAUGUGGUUCUACGUUUUCUUUUUCGUUCCAGAAACCAAGGGUCUAUCUUUAGAAGAAAUCCAAGAAAUGUGGGAAGAAGGUGUCUUACCAUGGAAAUCUGCUGGUUGGGUCCCACCAUCUAGAAGAGGUGGUGAAUUUGAUUCUGAAGACCUCACCAAGGAUGACAAGCCAUGGUACAAGGCUAUGUUAUAA